AUGUCAACCAAAGGGAUCGCCAGACUCUUCCAACGACCGCCGCGGUUCCUGUGUCCCUCGGUAUCACGCCAAUUCGUCCGCACACUCAAGUCAAUCCAUCCCGGCAAGAACAGCAGCAGAUUCAACCAUGGCCACAACCUACCAAUCCUGGGCUCCUCGCAUACCGCAGCAUUCUUGCGGAAAGAGCCGAUGUUGCCGCUCAGAACAGGCGCACUCGCAAUCAAGAAAGGCAUGACUGGCGUAUACGACCCUGAGACCUGUAGAAGGGUACCUUGCACAGUACUUCAACUGGACAGAUGUCAGGUCAUUAGUCAUAAACGACGAGAUACACAUGGCUAUUGGGCGGUGCAAGUUGGCUCAGGUACCAAAGAGGCGAGGAAUGUUAGCAGACCCGAGCGAGGGCAUUUCGCAGCUCAAGAGGUCCCACUAAAGGAGCAUGUCGUUGAGUUCAGGGUGAAGGACGAGGAAGGGCUGCCGGGUGUCGGCAGCAUCAUCACGGCAGAUCUGUUCAAGGAAGGCCAGUUCGUGGACACAAGAGCAGUGACGAGAGGCAUGGGUUUUGCAGGAGGCAUGAAGCGAUGGGGUUUCAGCGGCCAGCCUGCAUCGCACGGUACAUCGCUCACCCACCGCGCCAUGGGUUCUGCUGGUCCCAGUCAGGGCAGUGGUUCUCGUGUACUACCGGGCAAGAAGAUGGCGGGUCGCAUGGGAGGCGAGAUGCACACUGUACAGAAUCUGAAGGUGGUGAAAGUGGAUGCUGAGAAUGGGAUCGUGGUUGUGCAUGGAGCGGUGCCCGGACCGAAGAACAGCAUGGUAAAGAUUCAGGAUGCGAUCAAGAAGCCAUGGCCGGAGGUCGACGCUGCCGUGGGGCUUAUGAUGCCGGAGGGCAUGCCCACGCGGUUAGCGGCGGAGGUCUGA